AUGGAUGACAAGGAACCCUGCCAGACCACAUUCUGUAAAGCACUUCCCUUGAGUGGAGAAGGAAUUGUAUCAGCUAACAUUCAGAGGAGCACUCCUUUUGCCAUUCGCAUUAGACCAGCGCCAUGCGGGGAUGACAACGACAUAAGUGAUGCAGAAAAAGAUAAACUUGGGUACGUGGAGGUAGAAAUUAAGCCUAAAGUAGCAGUGUUCAAAUAUCGGAAGCCUGAUGGUGAGAAAGGAUAUUUAGCUCGCCCAACCGGGGAAAAUGGAGGUCUAGAGAUCGAUAAAAGGGUAUCCCAUUGGUUCAGCUUCAAUAGAAAUGACCGGAUCCUUAAGUACGGGAAGGGCUAUUUCAUGAAGGAGACCACGCUAUUGGAUACAGAAGAGUCCUUAUUUCCAAAAACUAAGGGCGAGAAUGACCCGUGGAAGUUCAUCUUUCGUCCAGAUGAGAGCAAAGAGAUUGUCACAAAAGAUGUGGAUGACAUGAAACGGCUGGUGGUUCUCGAAAGUCCAUGGGAGGGGAGGAGGGAGAGGCUAAUGUCAGUGCAAGGCGUAAAAGAAAAAGACAUUGACGACUUGUUGAACUCCAUUCCUUGUGCUGAGCGAUCUGAGCUGACAGCUAGAGUGAGUGUGGAGAAAAAAGUGUCGUUCUACCCUCAUCCCUUGACCUACAACUGGUCUCCGUUCGUGCUUGAUAGUUCCAAGGCGACUCUUUCGGAACGGGCGAAUAAUCGCUUCGUGCUGUCAGCCAGCCUUCCAGAGACCUCCAAGAACUGUACGCGAAUAUUGCCUCUCCAGACGUGGCUUUGGACUGGCCCUACAGCAUCCCUAGACUGUCGGACGCCAUCAACUACAGCAUCAGCACAGAAGGCAAGAUUCUUAACGAAAAACUGAAGGAAAAGGGGAAAGAUCACGGAAUGUCAUACCUGAGAGUCACUUUAGGACCCAAUCGUGGCUCAUCGCCCGGCGUACCGUACGUGUUGGAGAUUUGGCCUGCGAAUUCUGAAAGCCCCAUCCACAAUCAUGGCAAUGCGUAUGCCGUGAUCAAGGUUCUACACGGGGCAAUAAAAGUCACCAUCUACAACAAGACCUGGAAUUCCGAAGAUAAACAACAAGAGCUGACAAGUUUCACAGCAAAGCAGGAAGAUGUAACAUGGAUCUCUCCAAACUGGUUCCAAACACACAAGCUGACAAAUGAGUCCAGCGAUAUGUAUUGUGCCACCAUACAAUGCUAUAAGUAUGGCUGUGAAGAGGAGCUCAUGUGGCCAUACUUUGAUUAUCUGGAUGGAAAGACAGUGAAGGAGUUCCUACCCGAUAGCGAUUUUGAUUACACGAAACUGCGAGAAGACUUACUGGAGGAAUAUCGCAGAGAUCACUGUGUGGUGAAGGCCAAAAUCUGA